GGAUCUGUAGCAUGGAAUAUUGGAAAGACAAAAGACUUGUAGUCUUGUAGUAUAAAGCGCAAAUAGAACGCAGUUUUUUAUAAAGUGAAGGAAUAGAUUAUACAUUUCAUGGGCAUUUGCGUGUGUAUUCGCUAUUGACCAUGACCGGCUGAGCUGUCAUAUUUUGUUUUCUAUAGACAAAUAUCAAAGCAGAAAGAAUAGUUUUUAGUUCAUCCUUCUUGAGUACCUAUUACCACAGGUAUUACAGCUCCUCAGGAUCUUACUUCCGUCAAAUUCUAAUUUUAGCUGAUUUUUUAAUAAUGUGAAGUGUGAUUGAUAUAUUUUUGUUUCUUAUAUCAUAAUUUGAUGAGGAAAUAUUAAUAAUUUAUUCUAUGCUAGUCAUGUAGAUUUGCAAGUCGUUUUUGUUAUUCCAAACAAAACAUUAAAAUACAUAAUAUGCAUCAAAUUAUAGUUUACUUAAUACUUUUUUUUACAAAAUACAAUUUUUUGUAUUGAAGCUUCUCAUUGUGAAUUGAAGGUUAUCUCUCUUUGCACUUUGUAACAAGUAGAGAAACUUGUUUAUAAUUGCUUAACAAUCAUUAUAUUUGUCAUAUUCAGUUAGCAUUUUAAUUAAGUCGUUUGUUUUUGUUAUAGGUUGAAUGUAUUUUCACUUAGUUCUUUUCUGUUAGAAGUGAGAACAUUAAAAGCGAGUAAAUUAACGUAAGCAAUGGUGAAUUUCUAACGAAAAAGAGUCAGUUAUGAUUGUACAUCUACUGAAAUUUUGUUGGUAUAUUUGUAAAUAUCUUUACAUGCGGUGAUAAGAACUUCAUCUAAUAGUCCAUUGUGAAAUCUAAUAAAAUUGUUAAAUUAUUAGAAGAAGGUGUAGAAAUAAAAAUUUAGAAAUAAUGAAUCUAGGCGGUACAAUAAGGCUCAACAGUUUAGGUUUAUGCCUAAUAUUAGGUUUGUUUAUGAUCUUUCUAUUGUAUAUGACUAAAUUCUCAUCACUGAGUGAAGAGGAAAAGCCAGCUGAUGUCAACUUGAGAAAUAUCCUGAUUGCUGCUGUUGAAGCAGCUGAAAGAGGUGGCAAAGAAAUUGUUAAUGCCAAAAAAGGAAAUAUAGUAGAAAAAACUAAAGGAAAAACAAAAGAAGGUGCUAAUAUUCCUGUGACGAAUGCAGAUCUAACUUCACACUGUGUUAUGUACAACGGUCUUCAGGAUGCUUUUCCCACAGUAUCGGUUUUCUCGGAGGAGACUCAAGCAAAUUGUGAAAAAUCGCCACCUCUAGAAUUAGUGCCAUCUGUCGACAAAGGCAUGGACGACCUUGUCGACCACUUUGUGUCUGGCGAAGAUCUCGCCAUCUGGAUUGAUCCUCUGGAUGCCACCUAUGAAUUUACAGAGAAUCUGUUGCAAUAUGUGUCUACAAUGGUUUGUGUUGCCUACAAAGGCAAUCCUAUCAUUGGAGUUAUCCACAAACCCUUUGUCAAGGAGCCACGAACCACUUGGGCAUGGGUUAACACGGGCUCUUCUCCACAUAUAAAAUCAUACAGGGAGAUUAAGAAAAGGCCCACAGUGAUUGUGUCAAGAUCUCAUGCUGGUCAUGUGAAAGAAAUUGCAAAAGAAGCAAUUGGUGCUGAUGUCGAAGUCAUAUCUGCAGGGGGAGCAGGCUACAAGGUACUAGAGCUGUUGAGCGGCAACGCUACCGCUUACGUGCAUUCGACCAAGAUCUUCAAAUGGGACAUUUGCGCCGGCCAUGCCAUUGUGACCGCAGCCAGAGGCCAGAUGACGACCCUCGCCAAUCAACCCAUCUACUACUCGAGGGCUUCGGAACCGAGCAACAGCCAAGGAGUGCUAGCCACUAUGGACAAGCAUCAGUGGUACGCCGACAAGUUCAAGACAAUUUUAGAUCAAUUAUAAUGAUCGUGUGCCUCAAAUUUAAACAUUAAUAUUGUGCCAUCUUCAAUUUUCUCUCUGAUUUCUCAAAAAUGCAAAUUUAGGUGUUAGUCCAGUCACUAUAUACAUUGGUGCUUGCAAUUUAUAUUGUAGUUCUGAUUUUUUAAUAUAUUAUUUGGGUACAUAAGAGAAGUCCAAAACCAAUUUCUUCAUGCAAAAUUUCCUUGUGAAUAUGGAAAUUGGCCAUUUUUCGUAUAUUGGAAUAUGGCUUAAGUACACUCAACAAUAAAUUUUCCACUUUUCGACCGAAUUUGACUUAUGAUGCAUGAUUUUGGACCGCCUUGACGAGCCGAGAAGAAUGAAGUGUAGUACGAUGAAAUCUGAGCAUUGCGUCAGAAGUUAUAAGUGUUUGAAAUUUUGAUCCUUGAGGUGCCUCUCCACUAGGAAAUACUGAAAUGAAGUGCAUCUAACGGGUGAUUCUCAUAGAACAUAAUCUAAUGAACUUAUGUCAUUGUGCGAAAUAUCAAUGUGAAGACUAUGUAGUUGGUAAUGAUGGUUGAAGCUGAAAAUUAGGUGAUAUCUAUAUGAGAUAGAGCGCUCUACCUGAUCUCUGAUUGUAGAGCACAAAAAUACGCCCAGAUGGAUUUUGAAUUAUACAUCUAAAUGGUAACAAUCGGAAGAUAUUGUUGAUCAAAAUCUAAAAUUCAUCAAAAAUUGAUUUUCUCUUCAAAUUUCACUCAUUUUUGAAAAAUCAUAACUCAGUACUCAUUGGAGAUAGAGAGUUCCGAAUGAUCUUAUUUGAUUCAGAAAUUCAUAUUCUAGAAAAAAGGCGAGAGCAAAUUUUUCUGUCCGAUUACGAGAUUUGGCAGAAAUAGCUGAAGACUGGAAAAUGAGCCGAAAGUACGAGGUUUUUGGGCCACUCUGUAUCUAGCACAAGGAAAUUUUUCAUGAAGAAAUUGGUUCUGGACUUCUCUUAUGUACCCAAAUAAUAUAUUAAAAAAUCAGAACUACAAUAUAAAUUGCAAGCACAUCCCCUUUUUUAUGUCUAUAUUGACUGGACUAUGUGAAGAAUAGUUAGCUCUUGUAAGUAAAUCUCAACAAAAAUAAUUGAGUAGGUUGUUUUCUCUUUAGAUAAUAAUAUUAAUGAAUUAUUAAUCGUAAGCUUUAAUGUAUGAUUGUAAAUAUAAAUGUAUAUGUAAUAAAUAUAGUUUUCACUUGGA